AUGUCCAUCGAUAAGGCGGAUCCGACGCACAACCAGAAUAGCAACCAUCUCAACGGCCUCAACGGUCAUCGUCGAGAAGAGACCGACUCGCCCGCAGGCUCUAGCCCUGACAGGGACCACAACCUGGGGAUAACCUCUGCCAAUGCUACCCAGGAGGCUCAGCAGCCCAAGAGGAAGGGCGGCCGCAAGCCUAUCUAUGCUACGUCCGAAGAACGAAAACAACGCAACAGACAGGCUCAGGCUGCCUUCCGAGAACGCCGAACCGAAUACAUCAAGCAACUCGAAGAGACCAUCCGCGUCCAUGAGUCCAACCUCCAUAACCUCCAGGCGGCCCACCGCACGGCCGCCGAUGAAUGUUUGAUGCUUCGCUACAAGAACUCUUUACUCGAGCGUAUUCUUCUUGAGAAGGGCAUCGAUGUUCAGGCUGAGCUUCGCGCAAAGACUGGUAGCCCCAACCUUGGGCCAACCCAUAUGCCGCAGAACCUGGUUCAACCACCACCAAUUCAGCGUGCUAUUAUGAACCGACACCACCAGUCUCGUCGAUCGAACUCGAACAUUGCACCAAAGGCUGAGCCCGGUCCCGUGUUGCCGCCUCCCCUCCAGCCACACUCGACCGCUACCUCGCCCAAGAACAACCGACCAACACCAUCGUCGCACUCGAAUUCGCCGACAAACACUGGUGCUUUCUCGCCAGCGGCCUCGGACAAUGUGUCGAUGCGAGGUUCCAUGACAAGCAUGGGUCGACAGCAGAUGCCUCAGCAACCGCAACAACCGCAGCAGCAGAUGCCCCAAAGCACACAGGCUCCUAGACAACCAAUGAUGCAGUCGGGUGUCCGAGGCGGCCCGGUGUCUUCGGGCGCUUCGUACUACCCCACCCCCGCUUUCCAGAAUCACAUUGAGCAGCUAGAGCAAGAAUAUGACGCUCAAGCCGACAUGAUUGAUGAUUCCGAGAUUGAAACACCGGCCGGACACGGAGGCUAUCCAUCAGGCUACAAUGGCGACAACCAACAACCCAUGAUGAUGUCGCCAGCCUCGAACGGACCCGGGCACCAGAUGACACCGUCACACGAGCCCGUUCAGCCACCACAAACCACACACUCCCAAUACCCAUCUAUGACCCAGCUGUUGGACCAGAACGGUCUUGACUGGGACCCCUUUGGAUUGACUGCCAGCAUGCAGUUUCCUGCGCAGCAAUUCCAAUUCGACCAAACCAAUAUGAGGUGAAGGCGCAUACCAUCGAACAGGACCCCGGCACUUAUAUCGACGAAUGCUCCAAUCACCGACAGGCGCCCACGGAGCUGACACCACAGGAGGCCCGGCCCUCCUGUGAGCUCCCGUUUGUGCAAGAAAUCGAGACUCACGGCUGAUGGGGGUUCCUGAGGGGUUGAAAUGCCCGACUCAGGUAACCUAGUAUGCCAUGGCAUGCAGCGAGAGGACAUCGACACUUAACGACCACCCUUGAUUGAAAGGCAAUCUCGCCGCGGUUGACUUGUUGGUUCUUCUCAGCCGUCUGGUCGACGGAGUUGAUGCUGCGGGAUGUGUGAUAGAUAUAUCCUACCGCAACAUGCCUCGACAAACAGGCCACCUUCGGUCCUGGCACGCAGUUUGCAUUGAAGUGCAGCUCUGGCCGUGACCGGCACUGACUGUCUAUUCUUACGACGGCAGGUCUUGUCGACGGACACAUGAUGAAUACUACUAUCAUGGGCGGAAGACUUUUGAUUGUUCAUGGACGUUGUCUAUUGUUGAACAGCACUAGCAGUAUCUUUAUAUAAAAGUUGUUGAUUGUUUUUUAUUCUUGGCAACAUCUCGACGACAUUUGCUUCGACGUUGUCGAACCGGGCAUGUCGCAUUUUACUCAUCAAUGGGAAUCGGCGGUUGGAGUGGACUGGGAGGGGACGGAAUGCAAGAGAGAUACCCAAUAUGAUGAAAUUUUAUGACGCGAGAUAGGCUGGAAUUGCGUAUUGGAAGAGGUUAGACAAGACGAGCUUAUUUUAUAAGGGUGUUUGAUUCUCGGGAG